AUGAAAGUCUCUAUGGCGCUUGUUGCCAUUGUGACUGCUCUCCCUCAGGGGGAAAGCAAGCUUAGGAAAUACGGCAACCAGGCUGAGGCUUGCUCUGCCUGUAUCCUGAGCAGCGGUCUCGCAGUGCAUGCGUGCAACUGCUGUGACAGCUGGGACCCUCAGUACUGCAAGACUCCAGCUUAG